GACUAUAAAGCUGCCACUGUCUGUAUACAUGUUUUUUUUUCUUUAAAAAGUUAUGCAAAGCCCCAGUAGCAAAUAAGUAGGUGAGAUUGUAAGCUUAACUUUUAUGUAAAAGAGUUGACUUAGCAGAAUAUGUCAGUUUAUUCUGAUAUUCUUGUUUAGUUACUUCGAGGCAAGCAAAUUAAGAAAAGGUCUUCUCAAUCAGUGUUAAAUCACUUGUAAUGAAAGACGAGAUUCCAGAGAGCAGCUAAACGAAAACAAACGCACAGAAAGCAGCUCCAGUCCAGCACAGAACGGCCUAAAAAGGCCGUUUGGACCGUUUCAUCCCCGUUAGGGGCUGGACAGCCCGGACGGGCACUGGUGGACUUGUGAAAUCCUCCUGCAGCACUGCUGGACCGGGUCCAGCCUCUGUUUACGAGCGUAGCCCCGCCCGUCCAGACCGGCUCCGCCAAUGAGCUCAUCCCCGCCUCGGAUCCGUGCGCGCGAGGGCUCCGGUCCGCGCGCUCAUUGAGUCAGCGGGCAUGCGCAGACGGGUCCAGAGGAGGGCUGUGAGAUGUAGUCUUCAUAAGAUCUCUCCCCACGGGACCGCUCACACUCACCGCCGCCUAUAGAUCACAGGUAGCCUCCGGAGCCUUUCGCCGGUCUUCCUUCACAUUUUUCCAAGGAGAGCUGAAGCUCGAGAGACGGGAGUCACUGCGAACAACCCCCCCCACACACACACACCUACACCCCCCCUCCAUUGAUGACAGACCAUCUCGGACCUUGGAUGCGGAGACCAGCAACGAUGCGGCGUCUCUGCUGUUAACUCGUCGCAGGAGAGGGGGGAAAAAAACAACAGUUUUCCUGUUUUAUUUUUGCAUAAAGGAAAAACGACGCAACUCGCAAUGAAGCUAAAACCGAACCAAACCAGGACGUACGACGGGGAAGGGUUUAAGAAAAGAGCAGCGUGCCUGUGCUUCAAGAACGAACGGGAGGAAGAGGUUCUGCUGGUCAGCAGCAGUCGGCACCCGGACCAGUGGAUCGUUCCCGGAGGAGGGAUGGAACCGGAGGAGGAGCCCUGUGGAGCUGCCGUGCGGGAGGUUUUCGAGGAGGCCGGUGUGAAGGGCAAGCUGGGGCGUCUGCUCGGCGUAUUUGAACAAAACCAGGAUCGGAAGCAUCGGACGUACGUGUACGUGUUGACUGUGACUGAGACGCUGGAGGCCUGGGAGGACUCGGUUAACAUAGGCCGUAAGCGGGAGUGGUUCACCGUGGACGAGGCCAUCAGAGUGCUGCAGAGCCACAAGCCCGUGCACGCCGAGUACCUGCGGAGGCUCCAGAUCAGCUGCUCUCCCACCAAUGGGAACUCCAUUCUCCCCGGCCCGCCGCCAAACGACAACUACCCCCACUACAGCGCCACCAACACCACCUCCUCGACGGGCGGCGUCCUGGGCUCCUCCUGCAGAUAGGACUGCCCCCCCGGCCCCCAGCGCUGUCCAGCCGGGACAGUUUCCUGGCAGUGUACAGUCUCGUGCAUGAAUCCGAUGACUUGUAUUUAUAAUCUCUAACCAUAGCUGCAAGACUGACCAAAGCCAUUGCCAGAAACGUGGUAAAGACUGAGCUGGAGGAGCUUUUACUGGGGUGACAUCUGGUCGUGGCUGAGUCGUGAACACUUUUCUUUUGCUGGCGAACAGCAGACCGGCACAGACACGGUCUGGGAGGAGGAAGCUGCCGGCUCUGCUGCCACGUGUGGCCCCUCGGGGGAAGGAAUGCCUUACAGAAACUUCGUAUGAAUGUUUUAUCCGGGUUCUGUUUUUUUUCUCCACGUCUGAGCAGGGCCGUACAGCUGUCCCCAAAGCACACCGCUGUGCAGAAUGUUUCCAAAUGGAACACGGUCAUCUUCCCGAGAUGAUAACAGAAAAUAUAUUAUGUAUUGAAAAUAUUUUAAAACCUUGAUUGUUCCAUUUUUAAGUAAAAUUUCAUUUUUUUUACACCAUAUUCAAGUGAGUUAACAGUUUGAUUAGAAUGUUUCCUUUCAACCUUAAAAUGACUAAAUUAAUGGUAUUAAAUAUCAGUGUGCUGGUUUAUUUUAAACAUGCAAUAUUUAACUAAAUGACCCUGUAAUAAGAGUUAUUAAUAACUUUCUACCUCAGUGAACUAAAAACUGGACAAACGACACAGCUCCGCUGUUCAUACCGAAGCUUUUGUCGGUGGAGAUAAAUGUCAGCUAACUUUAUUUCACCCCAAGAGAUAUUUACACACAAUCUUUUUUUAAAGCGAACCCUUUUAAAGUAUUCACUCCUGCAAAUGACAUAAAUGCCAUUGGUCUGAUGCGGCAGAGCUCGACUGUCUUUUUCUCGCGAAAGGUGUUCCGUGGAAUUACCUUUUAAAUGAAAAUGAAAGUGGUUGUCUCAUCUGUCAUCAAGUUGCAGUAUUUCCUGGUGCUUGAAGGCAGACUAUUAAAAAUGUCCACUAAUUACAAAGAAAACAAGCUGACACUACCCUGAAUCUUGGACUUUUUGCAAAUUAUGGCUCAAUUAUUAUAUUUUGUGAUUAAAAACAAUGGGGAAAAAUAUAAAUUAGUUUUUUGGUGGACACAUUGAUUUAGUGUUCCAGCUCAAGGUUUGUCAAGUUGUCGAUCGGACAAUAAAGUGGUUAUUAUAUCUUUUUUUAAACCUCCAUCCCCAAACAAUAUUUUAAAUAUUUUUUAUUAAUUAAACCUUUUUUUUUCAUGCUCAUCCUAACUUCAAUGAGAUGUCUCGCUUGCUUCGACAGCUGAAUGACAACCAGUUGACCACACAGAGAUUUGUAAAUAGCUUUGAGGAGGUUUUUAACCUGGAAGAACCUGUACAUUUUCUCUUGAUAUUUUCUAUAUUUUUUAACAAUGUAAAAACAGCAGAAAAGGACAAACUCCACUGAGCAUGUACGAUGUAGAAUGUUUGUAUAUAGACUAUGUGCAACGGGGGCAGGAUGGGAAAUUUUGAGUAGAGAUUAUGGAGAAAACGCAUCUGAAAACCAAGAAAUCCACUUUGUUCCUACACGAACAAGAGCUGCAUCGCAGAAUGAGAUGUCUUAUUAAAUGUCGUCUUAUCAAAAUGCCUGACAGCACAGAAUGAAACUAAGUUAGUUUGUACCUUAAACAAAUGGUUGUUUUUAGGGAAAAUACUAAAAAUGGACAGCUUAUUCUUUCUGUAUGCCACCCAGGCGCCUAUUACAAUGUGGAGAUAUGAAUAAGUUUGUUUUUUAUACAUAUGUGUGUAUAUAUAUAUAUAU